AUGGACGCCUAUGUGCGAGCCAUCGGGGCCAUCAAGGCCACCGGCGACGCAUACGUCGACUGGCGAACGCGCCGCGGCUCCGAGGACGGCGCCUCGUCUGACCGCGACGUCUGGCAGCGCAGCCUCAACGAGUUCAUCCCGAGAGAUUGGUACCUGUGCUGGCCCAGUCACGAGCAGGCCGGAUUCUUGCACGACCUGAGCGAGGUGCGGAAAGUGUUCGAGCGCAAUUUGGCCGACAAGGGCGCGUCGCUGCCUGGCGCAGGAAUCCAGUCCCUCAUGCCAACCCUCGCGAGGAUGCUCCACUCCUUCAGCCGCUUCGAGCACUACGUCCGGUGCAUCUCGCGCAUCGUCGGCGAAUGGUUCGCCGAGGACAUCCUCACGUACGUCGACGAGCAGCAUUAUGCCACACAGCCUGGUUUCAAGAAGAGCGAGGUCUGCGGCGAGCUCUUCAACGUCUACCCGGGCGUCCUCCGCCGCGAGCUGGGCGUUGACGAGGUCCGGAACUACCUCAAGGGCGCCAAGCCGAUUCGGGAGAACAAGCUCUGGGCCGUCUUCCAGAUGGUCUCCGUCUGCAAGACCAAGUGGCUGGAAGAAGGCCGUACCGAGUGA